CCAUCAACCAAAUCAUCCGAUGGCUCUAAGGGUUCAUCUCCUCUGCCCAAAACUUCUCCCACAGCCCCUGAAAUUCCAAACCCAUCCUUUCCCCUCCAUGAUUUCUGUCACCAACCCAUCCAAACUCCAAACCUCAUGCACCAAAAACAAGAGUCCCAAUGAUGCAGAUCUUUCAUCAGAUUUAGCCACAGAGGUUGAAAGAUUAAAUACCCAUUUGGUUCAAAGAGAAGAAGCCAUGAAGAAGAGCAGAGAGCUCCUGUUCACAGAGCUGUGCCAGUACAUGGACCUGAAAUCUGAGGAAAUGAAGAAGAAAUGGAAGCAAAUGAAGGAAGAAGACAAGUGGGUUUUGGUUAAAGAGUUUGUAGCUGAGUGGAGUGCCAAUUUUCAUCCAUUGUCAGCAAGGUCUGUGAAAGAAUUGGUUGAUGAACACUUGCUUGAAGAAAACCCAUCUCCAAAUUCUUCUGAUUUUGAUUCUGAUUCUGAUUCUAAUUCUGAUUCUGUAUUGUUUCCUGGUUUGAAGAAACUAAUGGGGUUCUCACCCUAGAGAGUUAUUGGAAAUUCUAUUGGGUUUUGCGAUGGUUUAUUAUU